AUGGAUUCGGCUAUCAUCGAAGCAGAUGAGCGGGAGGGGUUGGCAUCACUCGUUCCCGCUCAUCCGCCGCCGCGUAAGACACAUUCCUACGUCGAACAAUACGAGCAGAAGCCGCAUUACCCGAUCCGCAAAUAUAGCCUUGACGAAGGCUCUAGAUCCGUGACGACGGACUCCGAACCUGUUUAUUUUGAUUCCUCCGACGGCGAGUGCUCCACCGCCACCGGCAGAACCGGUGGCGACAGAGGCAACGGGGAGGAUUACGGUUUCGUCACGCCUCCGUCGAAACCAGCAUCGCAGGGUGGUGAGAUAGCUGGUCUCGGAGGAGGAGACGAUUUCGAGUCCCUCCCGGAGUUCAUCGGAGCAGGAGGCGGCGUCGACGUAUUUAAGGUGCCGGUGCGUGCGGCGGUGAAUCCUGGACGGCCGCCGUGUCUUGAGCUCCGGCCACAUCCGUUGAGAGAGACACAGACGGGAAAGUUUCUGAGAAACAUUGCUUGUACGGAAAGUCAGCUAUGGGCGGGACAGGAGAACGGCGUGAGAUUCUGGAACUUGGAGGAAGCAUACGAGGUCGGUUGUGGUAUCGGCGGGCAGGUACGGCGAGGGGAUGAGGAUACGGCGCCGUUUCAUGAGUCUGUGACUAUCUCGCCUACCUUGUGCUUGAUGAUUGACCACGGCAAUAGGCUUGUGUGGAGCGGCCACAAAGAUGGCAAAAUCAGGGCCUGGAAAAUGGAUCAGCCGGUUACUAAUACUGCGGAUGAUUCAAAGCCUUUCAAGGAACGGCUCUCGUGGCAAGCUCAUCGUGGUCCUGUGAAUUACAUUGUCAUGAGCUCCUAUGGUGAUAUGUGGUCAUGCUCUGAAGGCGGUGUGAUAAAAAUAUGGACUUUGGAUUCUUUAGAGAAGUCUCUUGUGCUUAAACCGGAGGAGAAGCAUAUGGCUGCAUUGUUAGUGGAGAGGUCUGGGAUUGACCUUAGGAGCCAAGUUACUGUCAAUGGUACAUGCAGUAUAUCUUCCUCAGAUGUCAAGUUUUUGUUAGUUGAUACAGUAAGAGCUAAAGUGUGGGCUGUGCAGCACCUCUCAUUCUCAAUUUGGGAUGCUCAGAAUAAAGACCUUCUGAAAGUUUUUAAUAUUGAUGGGCAAGUCGAAAACCGUGUGGACAUGCAAGCUACGCAAGGUCAACAAGCUGAAGAAACGAAAGCGAAGUUCUUCUCCACACCAAAAAAGGAAAAACCACAGGGCUUUCUGCAAAGAUCACGCCAUGCCAUAAUGGGAGCUGCAGGAGCUGUUCGUCGAGCUGCCACUAGAAGUACAGGAGCUUUUGCAGAAGAUCCUAGGAAAGUAGAAGCUAUUGCGAUAGCGGCAGAUGGAUCAAUCUGGACUGGAAGCAUGAAUGGCGUAAUUGCUCAGUGGGACGGAAAUGGGAACCGCUUGCGGGAGGUGAAUCAUCAUCAGCAGGCUGUUCUGUGCUUUUGCACAUUUGGUGAUCGAAUAUAUGUGGGUUAUGCAAGUGGUUACAUCCAGAUCCUGGAUCUUGGUGGAAAGCUAGUUGCAAGCUGGGUUUCACACAAUGAACCUGUGAUAAAGCUAGCAGCAGGUGGUGGUUUCAUUUUUAGUUUAGCCACUCAUGGUGGUGUAAGAGGAUGGUAUGUGACAUCUCCAGGACCUCUAGACAGUGUAAUCCGAACGGAAUUGUCUCAAAAGGAAAUGACAUAUGCCCGACAAGACAGUGUUAAAAUCUUGAUUGGUACCUGGAAUGUUGGUGAAGGACGGGCUUCACGCGGAGCUCUUAUGUCUUGGCUGGGUUCUGCUGUUUCAGAUGUUGGCAUUGUUGCUGUUGGGUUGCAAGAGGUGGAUAUGGGGGCUGGUUUCCUUGCCAUGUCUACUGCUAAGGAGACGGUAGGGGUUGAAGGAAGUGCUGUGGGCCAAUGGUGGCUGGAUGCAAUUGGAAAUGCAGUGGAUGAGAGAAAUACUUUCGAACGUAUGGGUUCAAGGCAGUUGGCAGGACUGCUAAUAUCUCUCUGGGUGAGGAAGGAUAUUAGAACACAUGUCGGAGAUCUUGAUGUCGCAGCAGUUCCAUGUGGCUUUGGCCGCGCCAUAGGAAACAAGGGAGGUGUGGGCUUGAGAAUUAGAGUCUAUGACCGGAUUAUGUGCUUUGUGAACUGUCACUUGGCUGCUCACUUGGAGGCAGUUACUCGUAGAAACGCGGAUUUCAAUCACAUAUAUCGGUCAAUGGUCUUCUCCAAAGGACAAAGUUUAUAUACUGCCGCAGCUGCUGGUGCUUCAACAUCUGCUCAAGCGCUAAAGAGUAACACUAAUACAAACAUCAACACGGAAGAAGAGAAGUCUGAUUUAGCAGCAGCAGAUAUGGUUGCAUUUUUCGGUGACUUCAAUUAUAGGUUGUUUGGUAUAACCUACGACGAAGCGAGGGACUUCAUUUCACACCGAUCUUUUGACUGGCUCAGAGAGAAGGACCAACUUAGGGCAGAGAUGAACGAGGGAAAAGUUUUCCAAGGAAUGCGUGAGGCAUUAAUCACCUUCCCGCCGACUUACAAAUUUGAGAAGAAUAAGCCUGGCCUUGGAGGGUAUGAUUCAGGAGAGAAGAAGCGAAUACCCGCGUGGUGUGACAGAGUUAUAUACAGAGACAACCAAUCAAGCCCAUUUUCUGAGUGCAAUUUGAAGUGCCCGGUAGUUGCUUCGACUGUAAUGUAUGAAGCUUGCAUGGAUGUAACUGAGAGUGAUCACAAACCCGUGCGCUGUAAGCUCCAUGCUAACAUAGCUCACACCGAUAAAUCUGUGCGAAGACAGGAGCUGGGGAAAAUAAUAAAGUCCAAUGAGAAACUCAGAUCCAUGUUUGAGGAAUUAAGAUCGGUUCCAGAAACAUCAGUGAGUACCAACAACAUUCUUCUUCAGAGCCAGGACACAUUCAUCUUUACAAUCAGAAACAAGUCAAACUCGAGCAGAGCCAUCUUCAACAUCGUUUGUAAGGGUCAGACCAUCGCUAGAGAUGAUGGAGAGGAACCCGAGAAUCAAUCAAGAGGCACCUUUGGUCUCCCUCGUUGGCUUGAGGUUUCUCCAGGAGCUGGGAUGAUAAAACCAGAUGCUUCAGUGCAGGUGAAGGUUCAUCAUGAAGACUUUCACAACUCAGAUGAGUCCACUGAUGGCUUCCAUAAAAACAUGUCGUGUGAAGACACUUGUGACAAAGAAGUGACCCUGAUGAUAAACAUCCAGGGAAGCUGCUCGACCAGAACAACAAGCCACUCUAUCAAAGUCUGCUUCUCAGCAGCCAAAUCAGUUAGUGUCGCUUAUUCCAAACCCACCAGCAUGACAAAGAAUCUCGAGGGUUCCACUCGUUACCAGCCAGAUAGUUACCGCGAUCUUAGGAGCAGACGAACUGUGAAGCCAUCUAAAGAAACGCAUCCAGACCUAUUAGGAUAUCAAGUUUUUUUAGAUUCUCACAACUAAG